AACAAUCACAACCACAGCAGCGUCAUUCCCGAUGCCGAGUCGAGUGGCUCAGAGCGUAAUCGUCGCCUGAUACCCUAUAUGGCAUUCUAUUUGCCAGCACCGGAGCUGCCCAUCAAUCAGCAAUAUGCUGUGAAGCAUGGCUCGUCCGCCGGUGGCUCACAGCUGUUGGCACCGCCGCCCGCCGCACCGCCCAGCCGCAUACCCGUGCCGGUUGCCUACAUGCCGCCAUCGCAUCAUCCACAACAACAGUCGCAUUAUCAGUCCAAUGCAGCCGAUGUGUAUCAUGCGUUGGCGGUGCCGCAUGGGCCACAUGGACCAGUGCCACCUGUGCCGGGCAAGGAGCCACCAUCGCCGGGCGCCACAUUUAUUGCCUACAAGCCAUUGAGCGCCGGCGCAGCAAAGCACAAGACGGUGCAGCACUUUCCGCCGCUGCCGCAGCAGGAGCCGCCACAUCAUCGCCAGCAGGAGCAACUACAGCCACAGCAGCAGCAGCAGCAGUACGAGCUGCUGCCACCAGGACCGCAACUGCAGCUGCAGUUUCAGCGACAGCGUGCUAAACAAUCAAAAGUCAAUUUAACGCCGUUUACACCGCAUAACACGCUGCCGGGACACUUUGUACCGAUUAUUUAUACGCCGCUGAGCAAAUCCAAUAGCAAUAGCAACAGCAACAACAACAACAACAAUGAGCUGCAUAAUGGCAAUACAAUCAAUUACAACAAAAAGCAUCCGCCAUCUGAAAUUGUCUACCAUAAAAAUGUGCAUCAAACGCAAGUUGCCACGGAUUAUGCGGGGGAUGUGCCCACUAUAGCAGGAGUCGUCCCAAUGCCCGAGUCGCAGUCACAGGAGGAGCAGGAGCAGCAGCAGCAGUCAGCAGAGGAGACGGUGCCAGAGAAUCCAAGCGUUGGCUAUAACGUGUACAAUGAGCCAGCCGUUGUGACAUCGGCCACAGCCACCUCCUCCACCUCAUCGACAUCCACAAAAAGCGCACUGCGAGUCCAUCAAAAAUCGCCGGCCUAUGGACACGUAAGCAAAUACGAGAGUUACUUCAAUAUGUCGCCGGAGCAGCAGCAACAACGGCAGCCACAGUCCCAUCCACAGCCACUGACGCCACAGGAGAAGUACGUGCUAUAUUUGCAGCAGCGCAUGAAGCAACAAAGGCAGCAGCAGCAGCAGACACAACAGGAACGCUUACAUCAUCAGCAUCAGCAUCAUCAUCAUCACUCGCAUCACAAUCAUCAUCAACAACAACAGCCUGAGCCGAGCAAUACGAAGGCGGCCAAGCACCCACACACUCCACACACACAUACUCCCACAGCCGAACCACCAUCAGCAUCGCACCACAGUCAAUUACACAAUUACAACGGGCUCUUCGGACGUCCGGAGACCCCUGAGCAACAGGUGCUGCAUAUACCAUUGCGCGCCCUCCUCAAUCCACUGCAAGAGCAGCCAAAGGACACGCUGCUCGGAUCCCCAGCUCCACCACAGUUUAUCGAUUAUCUCAUCGAUGGACCGCGACAAUCGCUGGACGAGGAACAACAACAACACCAGCAACAACAACACGCCUACAUCCUGGUGACCACCACAGCUCCUUAUACGGAUCAUUCGCCGCGCCUUCCGGACUUGCCACCACCCACCCGCCGUCCGCAUCUGUACAAACAGCAGCCCACGCUGCGCCUCCAGCCCGUGACUCCAGUGCACAAAUACCAAGCCACCCGUCGACCCGUCUACAUCAGUCCGCCCACGCCCAGCGAGACCGUCAAGAUAACGCCCAAGUACGUCUAUGUGACCAGCAAACCGCCAGCAGGCGCUAUCCACAGCGAGCAGCCCCAGGCACCGCCGCCCAUCAAACUGAAGCCCAUACACAAAUACGCCCAAGAGCGACCCCAUGCGGCGCCUCGACCCAGUCCGGCUCUUGCACCGAACGACAUUGAUCAGCUGCCCGACAUACGCACCUCAUCGCUGGCCGAGAUCCUGCACAAGCUGCAGGCGAGCAACCACCUGCCACAAACCCUCACCCCGGACAACAUAGACAACUCAAUCAAAACGCUGAUACGCAUUCUGCAGAAUCUCAAGCGCACCCAAACAAUUGUGCCCCAUCCGCCACAGCAUCACGAGACCAAGCCUAGCAGCAGCGUGAGCGGGAGCGGGAGCGGACAUCCCGAUUAUGAUUACAACACGGGCAGCGACGAGGCGCAACAGACGCCAGCCAAGACGGCGGGCCAUGUCGAUGCGGAUCUGCUGAAUCUAAAGGGACCAAAUAAACAUCCUGGACCUAGCACAGGUCGUGCGGGCAUUGAUUAUCCCAACUAUGCGGAGAUACCGAAGACCAGCUUCGAGUGCACUCAGCAGCGUUACAAGGGUUUCUUUGGUGAUCCGGAGACCAACUGCCAGGUGUGGCACUACUGUGAUCUCAACGGCGGCAAAGCCUCGUUCCUGUGCCCCAACGGCACCAUCUUUAGUCAGAUUGCGCUGACUUGCGACUGGUGGUUCAAUGUAAAGUGCUCGACGACUUCACAGUUAUACGUAUUGAAUGAGCGGCUGUACAAGUACAUACUGCCCUUCAAUCCGAAGUUCCCCGAAGAUUACAAUGGACCCAUUGUGGAUAAAUAUUUGGCCAUGAAGUUCCAGGAAAUGGAAGAGAAAAUGCGUCUGGAAAAGCAGCGUAAAGCCAAUCAAAUAGCGGAAAAGCCGGACGCGUUAGGCGAAGCAUCUACACCCGCAUUGCCCAAGAAUCACAAGCCAUCGCCCAAACAUGGCAGCGGCAUCAAUGCACAGGUCUACGAGCAGAGCUCGGAACGUAAUCUGCUCAUCGAUGAUGAGAUUGACGACAUCUCGGAGCGCGGCACCUUCGACACCUAUGGCCAGGCGCCAACAACGAUAAUGGCUCCAGUCCCAACAACAACGCCAAUAUUGCAAGACUCUCAAACCCUGGGACAUCGGCCGAUUGUAGUCUCAUCAACACCUGGGCCAGAUCUAUCCGAUGAGCUGGACACGCUGCCCACGUUAUCUAGCGAUCCAGAGUCUGAACUGAGCGAGGACUCGCCAGAGAGCAGCGAGGAGGUGGAGGAGAAGCUGCAAAAUUUGCGUGACACAAAUUCGUCUGCCGGCCAAAAGCAGCUCGAGACGACAAAAGUGAGCGUCGAGAAGCAGGAGGUGAUUGAGAUUAAAACAGAUGGCUCGACUGGACACCUAAUGCCCAUAGAGCAGGCGAGAAAGUGAGACCGAGAGAGAUAGAGAAUAAGAGAGCCUGUGGCUGAGAGCACGCUUGCCAUAUUUGUAAUGAGAGUUCUUGUACUUGUUCGUUUUUUGAUUGCGUACGCCCAUUAAAUUAUUCUUAGCGAGCGACUACUGUAAAUAGUUAACUUUAAAUGAAACAAAAACUAUCUAACUAUAUAUACUCUAUAGAAAACACUUAGAUGUACGUUUUAAUUAAA